GUAACCCUGUCACAGUGGGAAUGAGCAUCCAUAUCUCCAGCAUUGACCAGAUCUCUGAAGUCAACAUGGACUACACCAUCACCAUGUACUUCCAGCAGAGCUGGAGGGACAAACGCCUGGCAUAUAACGACCUUCCUCUCAACCUGACCCUGGACAACCGGGUGGCUGACCAGUUGUGGCUGCCUGACACCUAUUUCCUGAAUGACAAGAAGUCCUUUCUGCAUGGGGUGACAGUGAAAAAUCGCAUGAUUCGGCUCCAUCCUGAUGGAACUGUCCUGUAUGGCUUGAG